GGGCUCUACCUGCGGCCCGCGCUCCGCUCCUGCUCCUCAGCGGCUGCGGCCGGUGGCUCUUGGGCCGGCGGGUCUGCGGAAAGCAGUAGGUGGCUGGGCAAUCGGUAUACACAGAAUUCUUUGCUAGCCGUUACAUGAACAAGAAACAAGAGGAAAAUUGUGGAAAAGAACUGCAGAUGUUGUCGUGGAUGGAGAAAAGAAUUUAGAGGACAACAGUUACAAAGCUUGGUUACUUACAGAUCUGUUUUUUAGGGGAAAAAUGAACGUAGGAGUUGCCCACAGCGAGGUAAAUCCAAACACGCGGGUGAUGAACAGUCGUGGAAUGUGGCUGACAUAUGCGCUCGGAGUCGGCAUGCUGCACAUUGUCUUGCUCAGCAUUCCUUUCUUUAGUGUCCCUGUUGCCUGGACUUUAACAAAUGUGAUUCACAACCUGGGAAUGUAUGUGUUUUUGCAUGCAGUAAAGGGAACUCCUUUUGAAACACCUGAUCAGGGGAAAGCUAGGCUACUAACACACUGGGAACAGCUGGACUAUGGAGUACAGUUUACAUCUUCAAGAAAAUUCUUCACAAUCUCUCCUAUAAUUCUGUACUUCCUGGCGAGUUUCUACACAAAGUAUGAUCCAACACACUUUAUCCUCAACACCACCUCUCUCCUGACCGUGCUUAUCCCCAAGCUGCCACAGUUGCACGGGGUUCGAAUCUUUGGCAUCAAUAAAUAUUAAGCAGAAGGUUUGAUGCUACUGCUGCUCCCCAGGUGAAGGAAAUGAGUAGUCCGCUGUGCCAUGUAUCUAAUCGUAUUCAAUGAGGGAUGCUUUUACAUCUGAGAUACAGUUCCUACUUCCUGCAGCAGCAUCUGGGAUGAAAGUUGAAUUUAUAAGAUGUCUUCAAAUACUUAAAUGUGAAUUGGAAACCUCUAUAAGAAAAAUUUCCAUGAAGAACUGGGCAGGCCCAGCUCUAAAGCAUAAUCCCCGCUAAGACUGUAUAUAUGCCUGGCUGAUGCAAGUGACUUGUAAAGAAGGUGCGAGUAACAGCUGAAACGGGGAGCAGUGUUUCACAAAUACCCAGCCAACCAUAAUGCAAAUGGUAACUUUACAUAUAAAUCCAGGGUCCUUGAUGCCAAGGACUGGUGAGGCCGCAUUCUUAGGUUAAGUGAAAGUAGCUAGUUUCUGCUGUGUGGAUUGUAGGUGGUUGUGCUUGUUAUUGCAUUGUAAAAGUUUGUCUCACAGUAAAUACUGCGACAGCUAGCAUAAACUGAUGGUGUAAUUCAUGCCUUAUCUGUUCUUGUGAUUUUUUUUUUUUGUCACAAAGACCGAAGAAAGUCCUUAACUGUCAGCUCAGGGGAUUUCUACGUCAACUUGAUAGCUCAGUUUAUGUAUGCUUUUACAAGUUGCCACUGUUGUGUUUAUUUCAUUUUGCUCACCAGGAUACUGACUUUUCUAUGUGUAAAAGGGACAACCUGAAAAAUUGAAAUUUCUUUUAA